UGGUAUUACUCGGUGCAGACGAGCGUGCGCCACCGUGCGGAGCAGGGCGAAAAUCCAGCCCCAAGCGACAUCGAUAUCGCCAAUAUAUUAUCGGCCGGUAGUGCGAUGCCGCCCGAAUCGCCAGCCUGCUUUCCCCGAACACCGCAGUUUGUAUUCGAGCAUCGGCAUCACGCAUUUUCGCGAGCAUCUGCGUGUGCUCGCAGGGCAAACGGAGCCAUCACGAGCGGAUCUGGUCUCCCCUUCCUCGUCGUCUGGUGCCGUACCUAGGUUUUACAGCUCGACUCUUACUUUUCAUUGGCUAGAAAAGGCCGCCGUGUGGUUGUUGCACACUUAAAAAGGGGUAGGUGUGCCUAUCCCUGCUGGCUCAAACCGCCCGAGUCAAAUCGUAGAGCGUCCACUGCGGCGCUGAGCUUCCCCUCACGUAAGAACGAACGUGCUCUCUGUGUGCCUUUGCGAGCGACUCGCGGACAUCGACAGGUAGGCUCUGAACCCCCUUGCGCCGGGUCAUCAAGCGCGCCAACCGCCGUCUCCUGAAGCCAACCAGGACGUUCUGAGGGAACCUCUCCACCUUCUUCGACAGCCAUGGAGGUCGGUGCCCCCGUGUGGGUCUUCGACCGUGAACUGUGGCACGAAGCGGUCGUUGCUACCCCCGUAGACGCGUCUUCGGGACUCGUGGAAUGCGCCAUCGAACCUGAGCCUAAUGAUGAGCACCUUGUGACCCCCGAGGGAGACAACGUCGUCCCCGAUGCGCAGGACUUCCAGACGCCGCGUAAACGUCGUAAUUCGCGACGCAACUCGAUGCGUCGGACCGUUUCCAUUCAAUCGGAGCUCGUACUACCGCGUAACCAGGGAGAACACUAUCACACAGUACAGGACUUGACCAAACUCGUGCAUCUACACGAACCUGCGAUUCUACAGGUGCUGAGGCGACGAUUCUUCCAUGGAGAGAUUUACACCAGUACAGGACAAAUCUUGGUGGCCAUGAACCCGUUCAGACGUCUGUCAUUAUACUCCGACGACAUUAAGGACCAGUACUAUGAUCUGGGUGGGAAUGCUCAAGCUGACAAGAGUACAAUAGCUCCGCACGUGUACUCCGUCGCAGAUCAAGCAUUCCGGACCAUGUUGGUGCCGCGAUCAGGCGACAAGAAGACAGAUCAGACUAUUCUUGUGAGCGGUGAGAGCGGCGCGGGUAAGACGGAGACGACCAAGCUCAUCAUGAAUUACUUGGCCUACGUCUCCACCAAACGCACGCGACGUCCUAUUCGAGCGAGCAAUUGCGACCAGACGACUAUUCACGACCGAGUACUGGAGUCCAAUCCCAUUCUGGAGGCAUUUGGCAAUGCCAGGACCACUAGGAAUAACAAUUCCAGUCGCUUCGGUAAGUUCAUCAAGCUGGGAUUUACCUCGUCAGGCGAAAUGCUGGGCGCUUCGAUCUCCACGUACCUGUUAGAGCGCGUGCGUCUCGUGUCACAGGGCAAAGGUGAACGCAACUACCACGUUUUCUACGAAAUGUGUGGUGGUAGUUCUGCUUCGGAACGUCAGGAAUUGGCACUGCUGGACGUGCAGGAAUACGCGUAUUUAAAUCAGUCCGAGUGCUUCGAACGUCUGGACGGAGUGGAUGAUGCCGAGUCCUAUCAGGUGACACGUCGAGCCAUGUCUAGUAUCGGCAUGAGCACCGAUGAACAGCUCAACGUGAUGAAGAUCGUCUCUGCGGUGCUGCAUUUGGGUAAUUUGUGCUUCACGACUGCUACACGCAAUGGUGGCAAGGAUGACGCCUCUGUGGUGGACAUGGACGAAUGUGGUGAUAACGUCCGAGCCAUUUGCGCGCUUCUUGGAGUGGAGGAGGACGUUCUACGCAGUACACUAUGCACCAAGAAAAUUAAGGCAGGUGCAGAGUUCAUUACGACGCGCCUUCCUGUUGCACAGGCUCAUUCGACGCGGGACUCAGUGGUCAAGACGCUGUACUCGAACCUAUUUAACUGGCUUGUGGACCGCAUUAACCGCAGUAUCGAGUACAAGGAAGAAGCGGGGAGCAGUCAGUUUAUCGGUGUAGUUGAUAUCUUCGGCUUCGAGAUUUUUGAGCAGAAUCGACUCGAGCAGUUGUGUAUCAACUAUGCCAAUGAGAAGCUCCAGCAAUUAUUCGGACGAUUCGUCUUCCGUAUGGAGCAGGACCAGUACGUAGCAGAGGAAAUCCCCUGGAAGUUCGUCGAUUAUCCGAACAACGAUGUCUGUGUGGCGCUUGUGGAGAAACGACACACUGGUAUCUUCGCUUUGUUGGACGAGCAGUGUCUGAUUCCACGUGGUAACGACGAGAAGUUGGCCAACAAGUACUAUGAGUUACUGGCCAACAAGCACGAGAGCUUCUCAGUGACCAAACUGCAGCGAGCCAAGGGUCAGUUCGUGAUUCAUCAUUAUGCCGGUAACGUCUGCUACAUGACGGAUGGCUUUUGCGACAAGAACAAAGAUCAUAUGCACACUGAGGCUGUGGACCUCCUGCGCACGUCCAAGUUCUCGUUUGUGCGUGCUUGUUUCGAGAACAGCGUCAAUGCUGGCAACUCUAGCCCAAGAAAUGGUCGGACGGAGUCUCGCGGCAGCGAUGGCAAUCGUCGUCGCUCUGGCGGCAUUAUGUCGUCUACAGUCGUGGCGCAAUUCAAGAGCCAACUCAGCUCGCUUCUGGAUGUGUUGAAUGCGACGGAACCUCACUUUAUUCGCUGCAUCAAGCCGAACGACCAGGCCAGCGCGUCACAAUUUGAACGGAGGCGUCUUCUGGAGCAGCUACGCUGCAGUGGUGUACUGGAAGCAGUCAAGAUCUCGCGAAGUGGCUACCCUGUGCGUUUUCCUCACGAAGUAUUUAUCAAAACGUACAGUUGCAUCUUGUCCCAGGUACCAAGCGCACAGGGACAAGUGGAGAAAGAAGUGGCCCUGCAGAUGGUGGACAAGUUGGCUGCAAAACUUCAAGUGCAGACAGAUGCAAAGCACCCUCCAUUCCAAGUGGGCAAGACGAAGGUCUUCUGCGUACUUGAAGCUCAUCAGGCGUUGGAAGCUGCUCGCUCUAAGGCUCUGUACAAGUCUGUAAUUACCUUGCAGCGAUACUGUCUUGGUUACACGAUGCGAGCGCGUUACCAACGCAAGCGUCGAUCAAGUAUUCGCAUCCAAGCGAUGUGGCGUUCCUGGUCGUGCUGGCAUCGGUAUCAACGCAUUAUUCGUCGCACACGCGCCGCUGUUAAACUCCAGUGCACAACUCGAGGGUUCUUGGCGAGGAAGCAACUCAAGCGCAUCCACGCAGUCACUGUCAUCCAGUCUUUCGUGCGUGGAUGGCUUGUUCGACGCGAGUAUUCUGCCAACACACUGAGCUUCGAACAUGACGUGUCGUAUGUGGGCUCACUGGACGAACGCAGCACUACGGCGAGCUCUAUUUCCCUUUCUGAAUCGAUCUCAAAGGACCGUAAGAACACGACGAUCUCGUUCCAGAGCUCCGUAUCCACUAGUGACUACUCCGACACUGACGGAAGCAUCAUUAUCAGAAGCAGUUCGCGUAUUUCAAGGAAGAAGAUGAUUGAAGAGUACGAGCCGCCCACGCAAAUCCAGAACGAGUACGAGAUCGUUUGGGAGUGCGGUCUAUUGGGUCUGUAUUUUGAAAGCGACCCUGUCUCCGGUAUGCCAAUUGUGCGUCGAGUCCACGAGAGUUUGAGCAACUGCGCAGACAUCUUCGAAGUCUCCAGAGGUGACGUUCUUCUUGCCGUGGGAAAGGUGAAGGUGAAAAAGGGAGAUAUCCGUCGCAUCCUGACCCUAUUGCAAGAAGUCCAGAAGCCUGUUCGUCUUCAUUUCCUCCGCAAUCCAACCGAGUCGUUCCGGCUUCGAUCAGGAUCUCUGGAGCUCUUGGGCGAAGAGGACUACGAAGUGUUGUGGAAAGAAGGAGUGCCUCUCGGUCUUGGCUUCCGUCCAGACCCAAGCACUGGCUACCCGUGCGUGUUGCAGUCGCAAGGUAACCAGCUUUUACCUGGCAUGUUCAAUGUGAGAGCAGGCGAUCAUCUGGUCUUCAUCAACGAGUUUUCGACUCAAGGUGUUCGCUUCCAGAAGGUCAUCGACAUCUUGGAAAGUGGUCCUCGACCUGCAGUGUUGCGCUUCCGUCACACUGACCUGGUGGAAGACCCGCAACAUCAACUUGAUCAGACAAACCCGCUGAACAGCUCGGUGCUGUCGAACCCGCAAGACGAUUCUCACUCGAUGGGGAUGUCACGCAUGACGCGUCCGUCCCGUGUGAGUAUGAACCCGAAGAACGAUCACUCGCUGUAUUACAUCACGUGGAAAGAAGAGGACGGGCCGCUGGGUAUCGUCGUCAAGCAGGAAAGCACGAGCUACUACCCUCGUGUGAUCAACGUCAAGAGCGAGGGAGCUGUGACGCGCGAGUCGCAGAAGAACCGCGUGGAGAUUGGCGAUAUUUUGCUGAGCAUCAACAACAACAACAUCAGCAAAAUGGGCUUUGGGGCAGCCAUGAAGCUGCUGCAAAAAGGCCCCAAGCCGCUUCUACUUAUGUUCCAGCGUCCGCGUUCGUCUCUGUCAAUGACGACAAGGAGCUGCAACUUGUAGUCCUCGUCCUCCCCGGUAGGUGUUAAAUAUGCAAAUUUUGGGCCACACGGACAGCAAAUGUCUGCAGAUGAGGAUGCAGUUUGGAUAGAAGCUCCUGUGAGGACCCCGCUACGCCGUUCAACUUCGUAGUGGGAGUUUUCUUCAGUAGUCAUCGUCUACAUUGGCCGCCUUGAAGUAUUUUGAAUAUUGGUUUUGUUAUAAAGAAAAGUCGAGCUUUCAUGUUACAUUU